GCCAAAAAGUAAAAAAAGCAAUGAAAGUUUCAUUUUUGGUACAAUUUUUUAUCUUUCAGUUUUUCUAAACCAUUCUCGACAACGGCCAUGGAAGACAAUUUUGACGUAUUCCAAACAAUGACCACUGUGCCAUGUACUUUUCCAUGCAAGGAAAUAGUCGACGUCAAGGUAAGGCACUGCAACCAAACCCCAUUUCGCCGUCCUUCUCCUACUUGGCCCAGGACAGAAGAAAAAACAAAGGGCAAUAAGAUCAAUAUUGAGCAAUUGGCAAAUGAACAUCACCUGGUCCUCAUUACCAUGAAGAGCAUUCCUUGUCCUGUAUGUCCACAACUACUGCGAAUUCUAAAUAUGUAUGGAUUGGACCCCGACGUCAACCGAUACGUGGAUCCUUUUACGCAACAAGAAUGGACCAUUGAUCCCGAAAGGAAAAAGUUCUUUCGCCUUUUACUGCAAAAGGAUGCUUAUUUCAUUGUCAUGUGUCCCGGUUCGCGGGCAGGCGUGGCCGACAUUCAAAAGAACACACCUUUUCUCGACUAUCCGUUCAUCGGCGGCGAGCAAGCCAUGGAACUCGGUCGUGCUUUGAAACUCAAUAUGUCAGACGAUGAAUUAUGGCCUGCCAUGCUUCAGAUUUGUCGCGGCACUUUGGCGGUGGAGAAAAUUUAUAUUGGACGAGGCCCCGGUCAUUACUUCCAUCGAUUUCUUCUGGAACGUCUGAUUGAUGAACGGUGUAAAUGGGAAAUGAUGGGCGUUGUCGCCUACCACGAUGCUUACAAUCUCAUCGAUCAACUGAAACGAAAAAUCCAGAAAUGCAAAGACCGGAAACUCGCUUCCUGGAUCCUGUCCUUCUCCGCCACCGACAUACUUCCCAAAACCGAUCUGCCAGCACCAUCCUCCUCCUCCGAAUUCCCCGCCCAAGACUUACCGCCCGAGAUCUUGGACAUUGUGCUUUCCUUUGCCCCCGAUAUCGCAUCUCUGGUCAAGGUGGCACGGACAUCGCGUGUUUUUUACAUUACUGUAUGCAAUAUACUGGUUGCACGCUUACGGCACCACAUGGAGGCGUUACGCCCGGCCUUGCCCCACGUCAACGGAGACAUCGUGUCAGACGAGACGGAAGUGGUGAACUGUGAUCUCGAUCGGUGGGCGGCCAGUGACGCCGGUAUAGGUUGUCGGGAACUCCAACGUCGCGUGCAAUCACUAAAGGAGGUGGAAAGUGAUAUCGCCAAAUGGACCAAACGAUGGACACCACGACGGCCGAAACCUUCUUCCGCCAAACCGCCCAUGCAAAAUAUCCAGUUACGUAUGGGGGCCAUGUAAAUAUCACUCCCUCUUCCUUGUAUAUCUUUAUAUUUUUAUUAUUCUUUUCUUUAAAUCGUUAUUGUACGCUUUUUUUUCUAUGACAUUUUGCGUGCAUUGCCCGUUAAUCGAGCACGUUCAUCGUCUUCCAAACUAUGGAAAAAAGUCAAAAUAAAUACAAAUGUUCCCAUCA